CUGAAAGCGGCGGCCGUGUUUGUGUCAGCGAGCCGUCAGAUAAAGCCCCUUUCUGGCUCUCAUUUGAUUCCGUCUCGCUUUACCUGAAGGGGGGGGCUCCAAAAGGAAUCCCAAACCCAGGACGGAGGUGACAUGCCCUUCACCGCUCGGUGCAGUCAGCGCGCUGAUCGCUGUCAGACGUGGACAAGGUAGCGACCCGGAAUGGUGCGUUUAAAUUUGUAUUUCUAACGCGGAGGAAGCCUGUCCCGGUUUUCAAUCUGUUUUAGGAUUAUUUUCCGUGGGGUAAUAACGACAUUACAUGCCCGAUCGCAGAGCCGGAGCGACGGGGAAAAUGCAGCACAGCGGGUGUUUGGCUGCAGGUGGAUGGCCGACCUGACGGUCCCAUCCGCCGCGUCCCUCCCGGUCAGAUCCGGCGUCAUCUACAGCUGUUUAAACCAACUGAAAACAGAGAGAACUAGAUAAAGACAAAAAAAGACAAAAACCCGAGCCAUGCUUCCAGGGGUCGGCGUGUUCGGCACCAGCCUGACCACCAGGGUGAUCAUCCCGCUGCUGAAGAACGAGGGCUUCGCCGUCAAAGCGCUGUGGGGCCGGACCCAGGAGGAGGCGGAGGAGCUGGCCAAGGAGAUGAACGUCCCGUUUUACACCAACCGGAUCGACGACGUGCUGCUGCACCAGGAUGUGGAUCUGGUCUGCAUCAACCUGCCGCCGCCUCUGACGCGGCAGAUCGCAGUCAAAACGCUGGGUAUUGGAAAGAACGUCAUCUGCGACCGGACAGCAACGCCUCUGGAUGCCUUCCGAAUGAUGUCAGCGGCCCAGUACUACCCCAAGUUGCUGAGCAUUAUGGGAAAUGUGUUACGUUUCUUGCCUGCCUUUGUGCGAAUGAAGGAGCUGGUAGAGGAGGGGUACAUCGGGGAGCUUCUGGUCUGUGAGGCCCAGGUCCACAGCGGUAGUCUCUUGGGAAAAAAAUACAACUGGAGCUGCGAUGACCUGAUGGGAGGCGGUGGUCUGCAUUCGGUGGGCAGUUACAUCAUCGACUUGCUCACGUUUCUGACCGGUCAGCGUGCAUUAAAAGUGCACGGCUUCCUCAAGACCUUUGUCAAGCAAACGGAUCACAUUCGGGGCAUCCGUCAGAUCACCAGUGAUGACUUCUGCACGUUCCAGAUGGCACUGGAGGGGGGCGCCUGCUGCACCGUCACGCUCAACUUCAACGUUCCCGGAGAGUUUCGGCAGGAGGUGAUCGUCGUGGGGACCGUAGGGAGGUUAACGGUCACAGGGACCGACCUGUACGGACAGAAGAACAACGGGGGCGGAGGAAGCGGCAGAGGACCGGAGCUCCUGCUCAAAGACACCACACCUCUUGAGAAGAGUUCCUUACCGGAGAAGGCUUUCAGUGACAUUCCAUCCCCGUAUCUCACAGGAACGAUCCGCAUGAUCCAGGCGGUGCGGCAGGCCUUUCAGGACCAGGACGACAGGAGGACGUGGGACGGGAGGCCUCUGACAAUGGCCGCUACCUUUGAGGAUUGUCUCUAUGCUCUUUGCGUGGUGGAUACCAUCAAGAAAUCCAACCAGAGCGGAGAGUGGCAGAACAUUGUGGUGAUGACCGAGGAACCGGAGAUCAGCCCAGCCUAUUUGAUCAGCGAGGCCAUGCGGCGGAGUAGGAUGUCACUCUACUGUUAGCAUCAGCUGAUGUGCUGACCCCUUACAAAAUGGCUUUACUGGAGGUGGCACCGGAAAAGGCCUCGUGUUGUUGAAAUGUUAUUCAUACAGCUUCUGGGUUCAGCUCUUUAAUUCAAUACCUGUUUAUUUAAAUACUGUCAAAAAGCUAUAUUGCUACUGUUACAGAAAGCGAGGCUACGCCACUAUGAUACUCCUGCCUCAGGAGUAGAGAAAAAGCAAUGUGACCAAUAAUCAAACCUUUAUUUAUAAGGAAGCCUUUCCUGGUUUUACCCUUUUGACAGAAGACUGUAACGGGGUGAUGCACUUGUAAAUCAAGCCGAUUCAUACAACAGAAAGAUGUAGUUCUACAGUGGAGGCAGAUCAGGGAAUAAAAACUAAUGCUACUGCGUUCGGCUUGACCAUAAGGGUAUAGCGCCUCUCAUCUCUGCUUCUGCUUCUCUUCUAUUUGACUGGGUCUGGAAGACAACACCUUACACUGUGGGUCCAAACGAGGACAGCCAAGGAAGAACGAUAGUCCUCUCAGUUGAAACUGGGCCGCUGUAUUGUUGCUGUAGUCCGAAGUACUUGCUAGUUUUACCAAGUGAAUGUUUAAAACAAAUCAGUAUGCUUGAUAGCUUCAGUCUCUGUCUGCUCUGUAUGCUUCCUCUGAGUGUGUGAGAAACAAGAGAGAAAAGAAAUCAAUAGUUUGGCUGCUGGGGUUUUCAGAAGGGUUUACCUUCUGGUUUAUGUAUGCAAUAUAUCCAGGCUGUAGUCUGCAGCAGAAACACUUUAAUCUUCCAGCUUGGAGUUAAGGGUUAAAAUACACUAUGUUAUGCCUUUAUGCAAUUACAGUAGCCUGUGUAUCCGUUUGCGAGUCCUGUACAAGUGGCCAGUACAGUGAUAGUUUGAUGUUCUUCUUAUUUCUCUCACGAGUGCAGUGUCCUUUCGAAACCGGCCGAUUGCUUGGCCCGCGCUAGUCCUGCUUGCAGCUAUCUCAAGAACUACUCAUCCGAUCACCUUCACACUCGACACGGCGCUUCCUUGGAUCCUCAGCAAUAGAGCUGCCAAGUGUUAAGUUGAUUGGAUGAACAGUUUUUGAGAUAAAUGGACAGUCAUAUAUGCAUACAUAGAAAGAUAGAGAUUCAUUCCUUUAUAGUUAGUUAGAUGGUGCUGCUACAGCGCCACCUAUUGGCCAAAUGGCACCAGAUUUCCAUUCAGAUAUCAUAUCUACACACCUCCACCAAAUGUGGUGGCAAUAGCACAGAGCGUUCAGGAGAUAUGGCAUUUUAUUUUAAUGUAAGCCCUGCCCACUGCAUUUGAGUAAAUGUUGAGGGCCUUCAAAUGUUACAGGCCCAAACUUAAAGUUAGUUGUUAUAGCAUUUCCAAAUUGCACCACAUUCAACACUGCACUCCAUUGCGUCCCCAGCAUUACACGAGCCAAGCGUGUAUUAGACCUGAUGAACGGUCCUCGAGAUAUUCAAAUGACACACUCACACACUCACAGAGAUCCCUCGCUUUAUAGGUAGAUGCUUUUUCCAUUGUCAUGAAACAUGGACAUGGAAUGUACGGAAUUCUGUGUGGUGUGCUUAUAUCUGUACUGAGCCUUAAUUGUGUGAUACUAAUGCAGUUGCGAGUAAAUACCGAGCAAUGUGGGGUUUUUAAUCCAAAUAUUGAAAUGCAAUGGGUCACACUUGCAUCAAGCUUUAGCAUUUAGCAUGCUUUAUAAAGCUUCUUUAACGUGCACAGUGAAAUGCAGGUUUGUCAGCAUGCAUGACAUGCAAGUUCAAUUUGGACCCACGCCAACAGUAAGACUGAACCGUGCAGCCAAUUAACUGUGCAGCACAGUGGGGUUGAUAGUGGAGUACAUGAGCAUUUCUUUCAAUUUCCCUUAGAGGUGUUAAAUGUUAAGGCUGCUGUUAUUCUAUGUUCCCAUGAACAUGUUUCCUACUCUGUCUGUGGCACUUGGCCACAAGCCCUUUUGAUUUUAAUUUUAUUUUUUAUUGGAAAUGUAAAUCUUUAAAGCUUCGCCAAUCAAUAUUUGUUUUUAAUGGCCAUGGGUCCGAUGACUAUGUGAUGAUGUGUGUUUCAUGUGAAAGGUUUCCCUCGUAGGAAUCAACCCCUAGUUCCCCACGCUACGUAGUGUUUAAGCAUAUUUCAGAUUAUUGUUUUUAUGGCCCACAACUGCUGUUUUGGUUCACUCUCAAUGCUCUAUAUAACCUUGUUUCCCGCCAUGGCAGGCAGCUUUUUUUUUAACGAAUAACGUCUGAUACACCCACGGUACGCCAUUUUACAGCACCAUAGACAGACGAAAUUAGCAGGAAAAACAGAUCUGAAAAAGAAUGAAUGUUGGACUUACAACACAUUACUAACAUGUUAAAAGCAGGUCACAAAUAUAUAAUGUAAUCUUUUUUUACAAACGUAUUUCCCAAAACAACUAAGUCAUUUUUUGCUCAUGUUACCCAUCAGGAGUGAAUAAAGCAUUUGCUGGGGGGCUAGUUUCCGCUCUUCCAGAAAUACAGAUUUGGUGCUCUAGCAAGAAACUAAAGAAUAUCACCACCCUUGUUUUUUAAGGCAUAAUUUACAUGCACUGUUAUGAGUGCAGCCGGCCUUCAGAACCUCUGUGCAACAGGAUCCAAUUAGAAGAAUAUAACAAAAGAGAGCCAAUUAAGAAGAAGAUGAGUACAAGAGUGAGAAAAAAAGAACAAACAAUCAUCACAGUUUUUAAAUCAAAUCGUGAAGGGAUGGUUAGUGUGAUUUUUAUGACGCAUAAACAAUCACACCUGUCUCUCAACAGUGAUCGGAUCAACACAUUCUCACUCCCAUCGCGUCAAAAAGCAACCCUUGGUCAGGUGCCUUUGGCGUUUGUGAUUGAUGCAAAAAGUCUCCUUUAGCGUCAUGUUUAGACGCUCUUGGUCGGGACUCUUAGCAUCACUUUUAUAAAAGAAUGUUUUGAUUAUUUUUUGGGCCAUUUUUCGCCUUUAUUUUGACAGGACAGCUGAAGACAUGAAAGCGGAGA